AUGGUUCGGAGUGAGUCGUUGUGUCGUACUGUGCCGUACGGACAGUUAGCCAAAGACCCCUAUGGUGAUGAACAACCAAUUGAUGACAACAACGACGAGACCAGAGAUUGCAAUGCAAUAUCAAUCCAUACCAUGCCUUCAUCGCCGCUAUCCAUAGAUGAGGACAAUAGUGGAAGUAUUGGCGCUGCAGAAGACGGCCCUAAGAAAAAGCAUCGCAGAAAUCGGACCACAUUUACGACAUACCAAUUGCAUGAACUCGAAAGGGCUUUUGAAAAGUCACAUUAUCCCGAUGUCUAUAGUCGCGAAGAACUGGCCAUUAAAGUCAAUCUCCCAGAGGUUAGGGUUCAGAAUAGGAAUAAACGGAAUCUUUAG